GUGAAUCGUUAGAUUUUAACAGUGAUAAUGUAGUGGUUAAUGAAUCUCCAAUGAAAUGCAGCAGUGGAAACAAAAUGAUUGAUAUAUUUCUUAAAUCAAAGGGAGAUCAAUUUUUAUGGAUUUCAUAUAACUACUUUCGAGAUAUAAGAUAUUUACCAAAAAGCGGGUUUGGAACGGUAUAUAAAGCUAAAUGGAAUAAAAUUGAAGUUGUUCUUAAAUGUCUUUACAGUUCUGUUAAUAUAAAUAUUGAUUUUUUAGAAGAGGCAAAUUCUCAUAAAAAUUUCAUGAAUUAUAAUGGUGUGAUUCAAUUAUAUGGGAUUACACAUGAUCCGUUUAAAAAGAAUUAUUUGAUGGUAAUGAAUAAAAAGGUUUGUGAUGGGAAACGGCCAGAUAUUACAGAAGAUACACGCAACUGUUUCAAAGAGCUUAUGAUUCGAUGUUGGGAUAAUGAUCCACUUCAAAGACCUACUAUCAAUGAAGUAUAUAAAACUUUAAGUGGUUGGAAAAGCUCCGAAAACGAACAAUUUGAAGAGGCAGAAAGAAAAUUAUUAAAUCCAAUGCAAGUAAAAAUAUACAUGAAUUUCACACAUUCAGAAGCUAUAUAUACAAGUCGCUUAUUAAAUAACAUGAUCAAGAGUCUAUUUCAUAUAGAUGGUCUUGCAUUUAUUCCGGGUAUUUUUCUGAAAAAUUCAAAUUUGAUACUAUAG